AGCCAUUGGCCCACGGCUAUCGCUCAGCCAAUGCUGUUGCCGCCAUGGGGAGCGGCUCGGGGGUUCUGCAGGCCAUGUUCUUCUGGCAGCUGGUGCGUGGCAUCACCGUGGGCAUCGCCGGUACGGCCACCCUGUACGUGGCGGACCAGACGGGCGUGCCGCAGAGCGUGAUGGCGGCGGCGCGGGGCGUGGGGAUGAUUCUGGGGCCCAUCCUAGCGUCCAAGACCAUUGGGAGGCUGAUUUGGAGCGGGGAGUCGCAAUACGGCUUUGGCCUCGUCUUGUCUCUGAAGGCGAUCUGCGUAUGGCUGGUGCCACGUUUGAACGGCGCGAUCGGCCUUUGCCUCGCCUUCGGGAGCAUCGGCGCGGCGAUGUCUGUGCUGGACACCUUCAACAUCAUGCUGGUGGGUCGCUUGUUGAAGUCCUCCAGCGGCUCCGCCCUCUCCAAGUACGACCUCUGCUACGGCAUCGGCGGUAUGGUGGCCCCCUUCGUCGCAGUCUGGGCGCACCGCCACUCCUGGGACCUCCUUGCCACGCUGGACCUCUGCAUCGCCAUGGUGGUGGUGCGACGCCGCGCCUGCCUCGGGAAGCCGACGGAUUGGAAGCAGAAGAUCCGGAACCCCGAGGGAGCCGAGGGGGGCCUGGCGUCGGCUUCGGAGGCCAAGGGCGUGGAGCAGGCGGCCGCUGUGCCUUCGCGCGUGGUCAAGGCCGGCCUGGCCUUUACGCUGAUCUCGCAGAUUGGCUCCACCAGCAUCUCUGCCUGGGGCUUCGCCUUCGUCACCAAGCACCACCACUUCCCGGAGAAAUGGGCAGCACUGGUGCCUUCGAGUUUCUAUUUGGCCAGCAUGCUGCCGCGGCUCAUCAACACCUGGCUGGCCAGACACAUCUUGCCCUCCGCGCUGGUCCACAUUAGCCUGGUUUUCGUGCUGCUGGGCGCGAUCUGCUUCCUGAUGGCAUCUAUGGCACUGGACGCUGAGCCUCAGGGCAGCUAUCGCCUGCUCUUCGCAGGGAUCACCUUGCUAGGCGCCGGGUACUCCAGCCACUACUCCUUCGUCUUGGUCUCCAUGACGCAGCACGGGGAGCUCACCCCGCAGCAGAACGGAAUGUUCGGCUCCACGGUGUGCAUGGGCAUCACCAUGGGCCUCUGGCUCGCGGGCUUCUUCCACCUCGCACGCCUCGAGCAGUCGGUGUCUGCGCUGCUCAUAGCCAUAUGGAUGGCCCACAUACGGGAGUUCCCGAUCUGCAGAAAAGCAUCUGACGUCAACUGAAGGGCGGCCGAACGAAUUGCCCGGGGGGGGGGGGGCAGAAGCGAUCCAAAGCGAUCAACAGCCGCUGAGAUAUGUGUCUGUGUGUGCGCGAGUUUGUGUCAAGGGAAGGA